CUGUGUUGGUGAGCAAUCACACCAUUGUCACCCAGUUCUGCAAGGACCACAACAUUGGACUCGUGCUGGUUGGCCAAGAAGCUCUUUUGGCAGCUGGGAUUGUGGAUGACCUGAGGGCAGCAGGAGUUCGGUGCUUCGGGCCCUCUGCCAGGGCAGCCCAGCUGGCAGCCAACACCAGUUCGGCUAAAGCCUUUCUGGAUCGACAUGGGAUCCCAACAGCAAGAUGGAAAGCCUUCACCAGCCCCCAGGAGGCCUGUAGGUUCAUCAUCAGCACAGACUUCCCAGCUCGAGUCAUCCGGGCAAGUGGCCCUGCUGCCAGGAGAGAAGUGACCAUCACAGCCAGCAAGGAGGAAGCCUGCAGAGCUGUCCAGGACAUCAUGCAGGACAGAAUAUUUGGAGAGGAGGUUGUUAUUGAAGAGCUUCUCCAAGGGGAAGAGCUUUCUUACUUGUGCUUCACUGAUGGAGUCACUGUGGCCUCGAUGCCUCCAGCCCAGGCCCACAAGAGGCUGCUGGAUGGGGACCAGGGCCCCAACACUGGGGGGAUGGGUGCCUAUUGCCCAGUCCCUCAGGUUCCAGAAGUUCUUCUAGAGCACAUCAAUGAUGCAAUCCUUCAGCACAUUGUGGAUAGUAUGAGGCAAGAGGGAAUAGCCUAUGUGGGUGUGCUGCAAACAGGUUUGAUGCUGACCAAAGAGGGGGUGAAGGUCUUAAACUUUAAAUGUCAGUUUGGUGAUCCUCAGUGCCAG